CCAAAACUGAAUAACAAAGAGCCAAACUUGUCCCUGAUCGCGGCGCUCCCUCUGCCGUCAGCCGCGGCUCAGCUCUGCCGGCCACCAGAUAACCAGCAUGGAAGCUAAAACCAAUGAAGAUUGUUUGAAAGUCCAUAAAAUGAAGAAGAAGGUAUUGAGGAAGCAGGCCAGAGCUCAGCAUACAUUGAUGAGACAUGAGGGCAUAAAGUGUGUCUCCCAUGCCACACAGAGCCUGGUUAUUGCCAAUGCUGGUCUUGGUAAUGGGAUGAGCAGACAUCAGUUGCUUAGGAUACUAGAAGAAUAUGGAGCCAUGGAAAUGCUGUUAAUGCCACCAAAUAAACCAUAUUCAUUUGGGAAAUACAGAACAACAGAAGAAGCCAAGAAAGCCUUUAAUGCCCUUAAUGGAAAGGAAGUAAUGCUGGAAGACUGUGGUCAAAACAUUAUUCUAUAUAUUAAUUUUGUGGAAAAAGUUUCCUUGCAAAAUGCUGUUCCUACAAGCUUGCCUCCAGGCUUAAUGGUAAUUGAAAAGAUUAUUUCUCCGGAGGAAGAAAGAAGGAUGUUGGAGAGUAUUGACUGGAAAGGAGGUGAAGAUACUGAAAAUGYCCAGAAGACUUUAAAGCAUAGAAGAGUAAAGCACUUUGGAUAUGAGUUUUGCUAUGAUAACAAUAAUAUUGAUAGAGACAAACCAUUACCUGGAGGUCUUCCUGAAAUUUGCAACCCAUUCUUGGAGAAGUGCUUAAAGCAGGGAUAUAUYAAACAUAAACCUGAUCAACUGACUGUAAAUCAGUAUGAACCUGGACAAGGAAUUCCUCCUCAUACUGAUACACAUUCUGCUUUUGAGGAUGAAAUAAUCUCUCUCAGUUUGGGGGCUGAGAUUGUGAUGGAUUUCAAACACCCUGAUGGUCAUACAGUGGCAAUUAUGUUGCCCCGAUGCAGUUUAUUGGUGAUGACUGGAGAAUCCAGAUACCUGUGGACACAUGGGAUCACACCCAGAAAAUAYGAUGUCAUUCAAGCAUCAGAGCUUGGGCAAAAAGUUGGAGCAAUCACUGCUGAUGUUGGAGAUUUAACAUUAAAUCGAAGGGAAACAAGAACAUCAUUUACAUUCAGGAAAGUGAGGAGAAGCCCUUGCAAUUGCAUUUACCCAUCUGUCUGUGACAGCCAGAAAGGACAGCAGAAAUUGGUGCAACCUUCAUUUCCCCAGAAUGAGAUGGAGGCCUCAAAGCUGGAGCARGAAUAUGUGCACAAGGUGUAUGAAGAGAUUGCCACACACUUCAGCAGUACCAGGCAUAGCCCAUGGCCCCGAAUUGUGGAGUUUCUCAGGUCCCUGCCAAAAGGGUCAAUAGUAGCUGAUAUUGGCUGUGGUAAUGGGAAGUACCUAGGCAUCAAUGAGGAUUUGUACAUGGUUGGCUGUGAUCGCAGCAAAAACCUGGUGGAUAUUUGUGGAGAAAAACAUUUCGAGRCUUUUGUCUGUGAUGCCCUGUCAGUGCCAAUCCGCAGCGGUUCUUGUGACGCCUGCAUCUCUAUUGCUGUAAUACACCACUUCUCAACAGCAGAGAGGAGACUGGCUACUAUCCGUGAACUGGCUCGGCUUCUAAGACCUGGUGGAAGAGCACUUGUUUACGUCUGGGCAAUGGAACAAGAAUACAAAAACCAGAAGUCUAAAUACCUUAAAGAAAAGAAUGGUAGUAAAAACAAAGAGAAGGAAAUGAACACUUGCACAGCCCAGAGACCACUUGAUGACCAAGGGCCUGAUAACAGCAGCCAAGACUCAGCAUGGUCUGACCAACUCCUUAAGGACUUAAAGGAUGAAGGCUGCGGUGCCAAGCCAGUAGGAGAUUCCAGACUGCCUGUUCACACUAACAGAACGUCCUUUCACUCUCAAGAUUUGCUGGUUCCCUGGCACCUGAAAGGUGGUACUAAAAAGAAAGAGGAAAGUGUCGAUACAGUGUUGGUUCCAGGUGGCUCCAAAGAAUCACAAGAACUCAGCCCUGUGUUCCACCGCUAUUACCAUGUGUUCUGUGAGGGGGAACUGGAAGCAGUGUGCUCAUCCCUGGACUGUGUAAGGGUUGAAAAGAGUUACUAUGAUCAGGGAAACUGGUGUGUGAUUCUAGAAAAGUUGUAGCCUGUAGUGUUUGCUCCACUAUCUGUAGAGUUUUUUCUGUUUUUAACAGUGAAAGGUAUUUUGUAAAAGAUAUUUUUAAUGCUGGUUGCAGCUACUGCCUCUUUUACAAUAACAGAAUAAAGAUUGUGUAUUGAGUUAAUAUCAGUGGCUAGCACUGUGUGCCUACGUUAACAAAAUAAUGGCCAAACUCAGCUACUACUUCUGCAGAGUGUUUGCUUUACUUCUCUGAAUUACRGUGAAGAGGAUUAAGUGGGAAAAUACUGCCCAUGCAAAUCACUAAGGCCAAUGCUGAGCUUUUAAAGACAAAGGGCCUGGUUCUGCCUUCUCUCACACCACUUUAUAUAGCKGCAAUAGUUUCCUUGCAGUCCACAGCUUAUUGGAUGGAGCUCUGGGCAGGAAGGCAGAGCUGUUUGCUGUGUUGAACUGUGAGUCAGGGAGGRGGGAGUGAAUGGCACAUGAAGCAGUUAUGCUGAAGUGUCAAACUGUUGCUUCAAGUUUUGUCCUGACUGUUUUGGUGUCCAUGAGGGGUGACAGAUCUCUUUCAGUUUGGAAUAUACUCUUUGUUGUGGUAAAUAAUGGCUUCCUCAAAGGGAACUGGAAAGUCAGUGGAGAUGCCACAGACAUUUUUCUCUUCUUUACAGUCAAAAACCCACAAUUCAUGCUGUCCAUCCCCAGAUUUUUGUAGCUCUUCAUUGGAGUGUUGUUUGAAAGCUCCUCUGAGCUGUGAAUUCCAGCCCAGUGGGAAGAGUCAGAUCAGCUCUGCUACACACCUGCAAUCCUGUGAGUGCAUGUCUCUGUGCCUGUAGCACCACAACUCAUGAGAAGGGCAGGGGCAGCCUCUGUUGGGUGUCUGUGCAGUGACUAACUCACUAAAUUGGGUUCCCUAUUAUUUCUGAUUAURUGGAUUGCAUUCAUGUAAAAUGAAGUAGGACACAUCUCUCAAGCUCUGUAUCUGCAUGGCCCUGUGUUUGCUGGUGCCUUCACUCCUGCUGAACACACAGCAGCUGCUGUUGCAUUUGUACAUUGCCUGUAGCUGCAUUUUCUAUGAGAAUAUACAGUGUUCUGGCAAGAAACARCUACUGCUUAAAAGUCUGAAAUGCUGCCAUAUCUUGACCUUGUGUGACCAGUUAGGAAUCAGGUCUGCAGUUGUKCUCAAUUACUCAAUGUACUCUUAUUCUGACUGCAGAUAGCUCAAUGGUGCUGCCUCCAAAAUCACUGCUGGCUCUGACUGGAUACAGGGUUAAGUACUGUUCUGACCUGGGGCUCAAAUGCGUCAAGCAGAGAAAGGUUGAAUAAUUGAAUGUGGACUUUAUGUAACACUGAUAUACUUUUUGCAGGCUYUGUGGCUCCUGUAGAGCUUUCCUGCUUUCCCUCUGUUUCCCUGGCAGAGGUAGCAUUAGGCAGUUUUUGGUGUAACAUUUGCCAUUUCUUGCCUUCUGGGCUGAUUAACAUCUUUUAUUGACUGCCACAUGUAUGAAUAGGUCAGAUUUCCUCUCACCAGGUCUGCAGUGAAGCAUUUGGGAUGUCYGAGAGAAGUCAGAUUUUGCUAUCAGCCUUUUGGAUGCCAUCAGUCUUCCUGCAACACGUUCCUUUUACCUGAGUCACAGCAGGUUUUCCAAUCAUUUUCAUGCUGGCUCAGAGCAGAAAGUGUCACUCUCCCUGUUCUAGGCAGCCUGACAGUGAUGAGUUUCAGUGGGUCCUGGUUCUGGAAGAAGGUUCUGGUAUGGAGAACACCAGCUUGGGCAACAUUAGUUGGACCAGGCCCACUGGGUUGAACAUUCAAUACGUAAUUCCCUGCCAAAGAGGGUUUUCCUGGCAUUUCUGAGGGCUGUGAUCUAGAGGAUGGGUCCCAGUGGUACAUCAGCUUUUCAAAGACAGUAGAAGGGUUAAAAGUACUCUGACAUCCUGUGAGGCCGGGAAGUGUUAUGAAAUAUUUCUUUGGUUAUAGUUAGGCAGUCUCUUCAGAUGCUCAAAGAGGAAUCAAGUGAUGAAGGAGAAAAUKACAAGGGAGGAGGGCAAGUAGAGGUUAACAAAAUGUAUUCUAGAGAUUUACAACACAGUAUUAUGAGCCACCACAGCUGCCCCUCUGCUGUACUCACUUGUCCCUUUUUACAUCCUGGAAGUGUAAUGAGAUGAAACUCUUUAAGGUCAACAGUUGGAUUUAAAUGCUACAGGUUUCACAGUGCACUGGUUUUCACAGUAAUUAUGUUCCCUUUUUGGCCUUAUUUAAAUAACAAAUGUGCUUAAAUGGUUAUUCAUUUGCAGUCUAGGAGCUAAAGGGAAAGCAAAGCUCCAUGUGAGUAUGACCUGUGCUGUGAAUGCCAAUGCCUCUUCUAUGGCAGUCAUCCCUGAUGUCACAGGGAUCAUCAAAGUGCCUCAGUGCACCUGGGAGUAGGGAGGUGGGAAUUUCUGCUCUGGCCCAAAUAUGACCCUUGGUUUAGCUCUGGGCACAUGGAGGCAAACAUCCUCUGGUGUGACCAGAGGUGGCUGUUUUGGUGGUCACUGUCCCCCUGAUCCAGAGACCACUAGGUACCAGGUACCAGGUACCCUGACCCUGCACUGGGCAGACCUGUACCAUGUGUUGUGCUGUCCUGCCCUGAMAAAACAAGGGUUUCAGAGCCUCUGUAAGUUCAAAGCUAAGGACACAAUGAGGUGAUUGCUUGUCUGGGGCAGGCAAAAAAUAAAACCUGCAAAACAUGGAGGAUUUCUUCAACUUCAUUGAGGUUCUUCAGACCGAYGUCCUUGUGCAGCCAAGCCAGUGAGAAAAACUCUGGACAUUGGAGAAGCUGGAUUUCCCUGAAAGUGCUCCAACUUAAGCUUAGCAUGGAGAGGUGUAGGACAGCGGGUGGCAAGGGACACCAUGCUGACUAUUGCUGUGCUGACUGAGAACCACAAAAAGCUGCAAGGGGCCACAGUUUCUCUUCAGAGAGCUUGAAUUUAUCUUAGUCUGCAAAGCAGUUGGUAUUAGACUUGGUAAAUACUGAGUUCUUUGCUGUCUCCUUAUUUAUUCUGAUAAUAGCAGGGAAGGUCU